GUAGAGCUGGAAAAGGUGACACAUGAAAUGAAGGAGCUAAGAAAAGAGUUAAUUUCAAAAAAGAAGAACUAUGAAGAGCUACGAUUAAAAGUAAAUCAUCUAGAGUGUGUCGAGAGGGAUAGUGUAAAAAUAAGCAGCGAGAAAGAAAAGGGGGAGAAGGUGAUAUAUGAGUUGAAGGAAAAGUUAGAUAAUGAUGAGAAGAUAAUAAAUGAUUUAAAGAAAAAGAAUAGUUAUCAGGUAUAUAAGAUGAAAGAUUAUGAGAAGCGAGAGAAUAACUUAAUUAAUGAAAUAAAUAAGUUGAAACAUUUUAUUGAAGAAAAUAAGAUGACAGUGGAGAGAGGAAAUGAGAUGAAUAAUAAGAAAUUAGAAGAAAUGAAGCAAAAAAAUAAAGAGUUAAUAAAUAAUUUGAAUGAUAUAAGUGAUGAAUUGAAGAAUUGUAUGGAGCAGGUAAAUUCCGUUAGUCGAAAUAUGGCUAAUGUAGAAAAAGAAAAGGAAAAUAUAAUAAAUGAAUUACAUAUAUUAAGAAUGAAAAAUGAUACAAUGAGAAAAAGAAUAAGUAAGUUUGAAGAAGAAGAAAAGGUAUUAAAAUUAAAAUUGUAUACAUUAAAUAAUAAUAUAUCUUCUAAGAAUGAGAAAUUAAAUGAUAUGCAUAAGAAAUUAGAUGAUGUUAAUGAGAAAUAUAAAAAUAUUGUUGAAUGUUUAAAUAAUUAUAAAAGAGAACAUAAAGAACUAUUAGAAAAAAAGAUUGAAAGAAUAAAUACAUUAAAACAAAAUUAUUAUUAUUUAAAAAAAGAAUAUGAUUUAAAAAAUAAAGAAUUGGAAAAGAAUAUAGAACAUGUAAAAAAAUUAGAACAUCAAUUAUUACUUAGUUAUGAAGAAAAUGAAAAAUUAAAUGAAGAGAUAAAAAGACGUAAUUCUUUUAUAAAAAAUAAAGAUAGAAAAAUUGAUCUCUUAACAAAUAUUGAAAAUGAGUUAUUAAAAAAAAAAGAAAUAAAUAAUAUUAAAUUAAUGGAGAAGCAAAAUGUAAUAAAAAAUAAUGAACAAUUAUUAAAAGAUAUAAAAGACGAAAAUGAAAAAAUGAAUGAACAUGUAAAUAAAUUACAGAACGAACUAAUAAAAAGGGAGUUACAAAACAAAUGUAUAUCAAAAGAUAUCGAAUUUUGUAAAAAAGAAAAAGAAGAUAAAAUCAAGAAUUUAGAAGAUGAUUUAUUAGAAAAGAAAAAAUGCAUUGAAAAUUUGAAAGAUGAAUUAAUAAAUAUAAAAAAAAAAAUGCAAGACAAAAUGGACAUGACUAACGAAAUGGAUUUAUUAAGUAACAAAGUUGAAGAAUUAAAUAGAAUGAACAAAACAUAUGAAAAGAACAUUGUCCAAUUGAAUAAUGAACUAGAUGUUAUAAAGAAAAAAUGGAAUGAUGAAGAAUUCUUAAAAGAAGAGGAAAAGAAAAAAAAUAUUGAUAUGGUUUAUAAGAUAAAACAAUAUGAAAUACAAAUUAAAGAAAAAGAAAAUGAAAUUGAUUCCUUAAAAAAAAAUGAACAAAAUUUACAUGCAUUAAAAAAUGAAGAAUUAAAUGAAAAAGAGAUCCUGUUGAAAACGAAAUUUGAUAAAGAAAUAAAUAUGAUAAUCGAACAAUAUAACAAAAAGAUACAAGAAGAAAAGGAUAUGCUAAAUAAUAAAAUAAAAAAUAUGGAUCAAUCACAUAAAAAUCAAAUUGAAGAAAUGCAAGAAGAAAAUAAAAAGGAACUUAAGAAACUGAAAAAUGUAUGUGAUAUGAAUCUACAAUCACAAAUCUUAAUAAAGGAAAGUGAAAAACACAUGCAGGAAAAAGUCGAUGAAUAUAAAAAUUUAUUAAAACAGAAAGAUCAAGAACUUAAAAAUAUCAUACAAGAAUAUGAUGA